GUUAAUCAAAGCUAACCUGAGUAAAUACAAAAUGUAGGUUUGAAGAAAUCUAUUUCAUUUAUUAAGGAUUUUUUUUUACCAAACCUAGCUGGCCCUGUGCGAAAGUCACUGCCCCUUAUACCUAAUAAGUGGUUGGCAACAAAAACUGCAACCAGACAUGUGUGAUAACUGGCACUGAGUCUUACACAUUGCUGGUGAGGAAUUUUGGCCCACCCUUCCUUGUAAAUUGUUUAAAUCCAGCCACACUGGAGGGAUUUCAAGUAUGAACGGCCUAUUUAAGGCCAAAGCAUCUAAAAUGGUUCGGAGUCAGACUUUGACUAGGCCUCUCCAAAAUCACAGGUGGACGUGCUGGUGUGUUUUGGGUCCGAUGAAAAACCCAAGUGCACUUGAGCCAGACCUUCUCUGACGUUUUGAGGAGAGAGAACAGAAUUCAUGGUUCCAUCAGCUGGAGCAAGUGUCCAGGUCCUAAAGCAGCAAAGCAGUACCAGACCAUCACGCUACCACCACCAAGUUUGACUGGUGGUAUUAUGGCAGCAGGAUGGAGUACAUGGCCCUGACUCUGAAUGAGCUGCACUGAUGAUGUGAUGUUUAACAGGUUCUGCCUGAAGGUUGCAGGUCAUGUAUUAGUGCGUGUCACCAAUACGUGCUCAAGUUUAUCUGAUCAACACGUAUUCAAGCUCCCAUUCUUCUCUUGGAUGUUAGAUGAAAUGAAGAUGCUUUGUUCACUGCUGAACAUCUAGGUUCUUUAUUAGCACGAAUAAAAUGUUUCCAGGAGUCCUCAGAGUCUCAGAGCUGACUCCGCUGCUGGAGGUGUUUGAUCGGGAUCAUGGAGCUGGUCUUUCUGUCAGCCUGUCCCUCUCUGCACCUCUAACCCUCCAGCUGCCCCACUAUGGCGCUCCCGGUAAACGACUCCUGCUCCGUGCCUGACCUCCCCGAGUUCAAUCGGUCAGUGGACGACGGACACACACCGGAGUCGGUGAUUGUGCCGGUGGUGUUCGGGAUCAUUUUCGUGUUGGGGGUGGUGGGGAACAUUUUAGUGCUAGUAGUGAUAGGGAAGGUGGGGUACAGCGCAGGUGGGGGAGGCGGCGGUGGAAGUGGAGGAGGAGUUGGGAGGCGCUCGCUUAGCCCGACCAACAUCUUCAUCCUGAACCUGAGCGUGGCGGACCUCGGCUUCCUGCUCUUCUGCGUGCCCUUCCAAGCCACCAUUUACACUCUGCCGGAGUGGGUGUUCGGGGCCUUCCUCUGUACGUUUGUACACUACAUCUUCACCGUCAACAUGCUUGUGAGCAUCUUCACGCUCGUGGCCAUGUCCGUGGACCGCUACAUUGCCGUGGUGCGCUCCAACCAAUCUCUGAGCGUCCGGAGCCCAAGGAACGCACUGGCAGGGCUGUGCGUCAUCUGGACGAUGUCUCUGGUGUGCUCGGUGCCGGUGGCCAAGCACCAGGGCCUCAUUAGCUACCACAACGGAACUUUCUGCUGGGAGGACUGGGCCGGAGCCUCCAAAAACGCCUACAAAGUGACCCUCCUGGUGUUGGGGUACCUGCUACCGCUGCUCCUCAUCAGCUGCUGUUACACUAAGAUUUUAUUCCAUCUCCAUAAAAAAAUGAAGAACAUGUCCAAGAAGUCUGAGCGCUCCAAAAAAAAAACGGCUCAGACGGUCCUCCUGGUCGUCACUGUCUUCACUAUCUGCUGGAUGCCCCACCACAUCAUCGUCAUGUGGGCGGAGUUCGGCACUUUCCCCCUGACCCAGGCGACCUAUGUCUUCCGCCUCGUGUCCCACUGCCUGUCCUAUGGAAACUCCUGUGUUAACCCCAUCCUGUACGCCUUCCUGUCUGAGAACUUCCGCAAAGCUUGUCGCAAGGUCUUUACCUGCUACUUCCUGUACCCGCCGCCGCCCACAGAAAACGUGGUUCGUUUUCGCAUGGAAAACUUCUCCACCACACACUCCACCACCAACAUAUGAAGGGCCAAGAUAAAUGACGCUCAGGGUGCUUAUCUAGCAGUAAAUGAGGGAAAGCUUUGUCUGAGUGGAUCUGCUGCAGGCAGGUCACAUGAAAAUAAGACGGCACGUGAUUGGAGGAUUUAUUCACAAGAAAACAAGAGACUCAUCAGAAACUUGCAGAGCCUGCUGGACUGCUUUAAGUUUUGUGUAAAGAUAUUUCAGAUAUUGUUUUUAAGCUUUAAACUUAAUAUUAAAAAAACA